CUAUGGCCCAAUCCUUGAUGUGCAGCGUUUCUUUGACAUCUCCACAUGCACUCGAGUGCGGACAACAUGUCUGAAGCAUGUGCAACACGUCCGCGGCGUGCGUCCUCUCGUCCUGGUUAUGUCCGACCGCACUACCGUCCUCGCUAUACCUGACAGGAUCCGCCUGGCUGGGGGCAUGGCAGUUUCGUAACGCCGCAUGGGGCCGUCCCACGUCACUUCCCCGCCGCCUACUUAUGCCUGAGCUUACGACAAGCAUCAUUCCCUGCUAGCACUCUAGAGUCAUGACGCAAAAGAUGUCCUGGCCAGCCACAGCGUCGGCACCAUCGUGGAAACGCCGAGCUGACGUGAACGAGGCCUUUGUCGCUGGGAACCCACCGCCCCCUGCGUGACCUCCUGUCGCUGUCUACGCCCUCGCAAUCGGCCGCAAACUCUAACUGCGUUCUCAAGGUGAUGGCCCUAUUGCCGCGCUGCACUCCGGCACGUUCUUCCAGCACUUCCAGAUGGCUAACCCAGGCAACGACGCUGCGCCAUGUAAAGCGGGGAGCUGGCGACGGCGCCAUGAAAACGCGGAUACACGUACAAGGUCGCGAGCCCUGUCGCGUCGACGCACCCUAUUCCGCACACCCUCCUGCCUCUCCCCCCCUCCGACUUCGGCAUGGAACGACGCGUUUACGGCAGCAAACGUCGCACAUAUUGAAUUCUGUAGUGGAGAAGAGGCCUCCCUGCCCCCGGUGCUUCUCGGCUUCCCUUCUGUGUCGUCCCCUUAAUAGGCCGGCUUGCGCGUGCUACCCGCCUCCCCGCAGUCCCACUUGCUUU